CAAAUUAUUACCAGUCGUCCCAGGCAGGUAAAUAUCGUCGCGUUGUAGAAAUAAAUUUAUUUUUUAAUGGUUUUUCAUACGAUUAUGAUGUUUAUUGUCUUAGAGCGAUAUCAGAAGAGUUGUUCUUUUUGCUGAUACUAAUAAAUGUCAUCAGUAAUGGUUUACAAGAAUUAAAAAAGUAUCUGUAAUGAAUUCACUAACGUUCUCGAAGUCGAGAAAUGGAGAGACAGCAGUGUAAUUCACUUCAAAACUUUGAUGAACCUAAAACUGAAAUUUUGAAAAAAAGACUAUUGAAAUCGAAUAAUACUUCCAUUGGUGCUAACUUUUCUCAAAAUACAUCGCAACAUAAUGUGCUAUUAAAUACCAUACGCGCGCCAAUAUCAAGCAGCAUGAUCGUGUCCUCUGUGCAUGCUCCACAGAGCUCAAUGCCUAUUACUCACAAUUUAGUUACUCAUUCCAUAGCUCCUGUAAAAAUUCAUACAAACAAUUCUCCUUACCCAUUGCAAUUAUCAACGGUUCAUGUGCCAGUACAGAUACCUGGUUCUACAUCAAAUAUCAAUGUUCCUGUACAAUUAUCAGGAGCGACCAGUAGUGUUCCCUUACAAAUUGCUCCAGUAAGUUUACCACUGCAAGUGUCUGGCUCUACUAGUGUUCCCGUUCAAUUGUCUGCUGGUGAUACAAUCAAUGUCCCACUUCAAAUACCUGCCAGCCAAAACAUCCAACUAACUGGUCCCACAUUACCUUCUAUGCCCUUACUUCAAAAUCCAAGCCAACCCCUACACAGUUCAAUUAUACAUGUACAUAUGGGGUCUAACCCGAGAACAACAAAUAUGGAUGGUGGUUCUGACAUGACUGUUUCCAGCACAUCUCAAAUCCAGUUACCUGAUUCAUCAGGAGUCCAAAUGAAAUUGAAUAAUGCCACAUCAGUCCCCCAAGUUCAGGUUGGGACAAAUUCUACUGUAAUGCAGAUUCCGAGCUCGUCCAAUAACCCUAUACAAUUGGCUCUGCCAAAUAAUGGAAGUGCUAGCACUGUGCAACUGAGGGGUGCAGCACGACCUGUACCCCAUAUGGUAUACAUACAAACUCCAAAUGGCCUCAAGCCUGUCACAAGUACAGAAGUCAUAAGCCAAGCAAGUACAAGUGGAAACCCCCCACAAAUUAUUGUCAGGAGACCUGUUACAAGUAGUUCUAACUACCUUAUUUCUAAUGUAAGCAAUAAACCAAAUAUUGCACCAAAAGUUACUCAAAACAAAUCCUCUAUACUAGCUCCUGUUAAUGCUACACAGCCUAUUGUUAUCCAAAAACCGAAAACCACUGAAAAAAUGGUUGUUCCAGUGAGUAUUGCUCCUCAAGGGAAACAGGCUAUAGCUUAUCUUGGUUCAGUAAAGAAAUCCACUCCUAAAAAUUUAACCGAAAGCCAAUCAAUACUCAUAUCCCAUAAUCAACCAAAUGUCACCACAAAUAAUCAAAAACUCUUCUUAACACCUAUGAAUAUGCCUAAGAUUCAAAACACCAAGUUUAUAUUGCCUGUAAAUUUACCUGCAAGCAUGGCUUCCAAAGGACCAAUAAUAAAUCUUCAGAUAGCGAAUGGUCAAAUCCAAAAUGAUCCUCAAGGGAGUAUAACAGUUAUGAGAGAUACUGGUGGUAUGGAAAAUGCAGAAAUGCCACCUCUACAACCACUUGCAAAAAUGGUUAAUAUGAAUGGUAAAGAAGCAAAUCCUGUGCCUCAAAGUCCACAAACUGAGAAAUCGUUUACAUUAUCUAUACCAGGGUCAAGAGCAGAGCCAACCGGAGAGCAGGGUGAAUAUACUCUCUCUAUUCCAGAAACAAAUGCUUCCAUGAAUGAUGAUAUCUAUACAGUGUCUAUAGCUGAUGAUGAUGGUGGUCAAACUCGUGAGAAAUCUUUUACGUUGGCUAUACCGGAAAAAGGGAAAAGCUUGUUAAAAAAUAUGAUGGAUAAAAAUGAAACAUGCACAGGACCUGCGGCUCCUGCAAUAUUGAGACGCUCGAACUCCGACAAUAGCGAACGAAAAACUGUAAAUGCUAACAUUAAGCGACGCAUCUCUUUAUGUACAGAUAACUUCUCAAACAAAAAUUUUAAAUUCAAUACGCCUCAUACAAAAACAAUUGACAAACAUUCUGAAAUAGAUGAAUCCGAUAUUAAUGACGAUCAUCGUGUUCCAUCUCUAUUUUGUGAUGAAAAAUUAGAUAAAGAUUUGGAGGCUAAGGUCAACUUGGGUGAUUCAGACCCCGAAGAUUAUAAAGAAGGCAAAUCUGAUGUCAGCUUAGACAAAAGCAAUGAAAACUUGUGUUAUCAUAAGUUUGAGGAUUUUGUAAAAAGAGACAAUUCCUUAAGAGUUAAAAGAGAAAGUCUGGAUAGUACAUUGGAAGAAGAUCCGCCAGGUUUGAUUUGGAGCAAUGGAAUUGCUUUAUUGCAAGGUAGUAAUUUACAAUUCCAAACAAAUGAAUUUGGCCUUAUCGAUCUCAUUGUAAACAGUGAUAAUGAAGACAUGUUGAUCAACCCAAACACAAAAUAUCAUACACCCUUAAAGCAACGAAUAGAAAGAAACAACAGGGAUAAAAAACCCACUUCCCCUGAAGAUAUGUACCGAUGUGACGGAUGCGGCUGUCAUGGUAUGGCUGCAGAAUUCAUAACUCCCAACUUUUGUAGUUUAACUUGUCAAAAUGAUGUUCAGAAAGCUUUGCAGAAGAAAAAGGACAGGGAGCGGAUAGAAUUGACGAAAAAGAGGAAUAAAAUGAAGAAACUAUUAAUGCGCAAACAAUUGUCGGAUCCCGACCUAUUCUUAGAAAGCAACGAAAAGGCUAUGACUAAAAAUUAUGAUUCUGCACCAUCCGAGGGUUUGACCGACGUGGCGAUGAUGAAAAUAGGCGAAGACUCCUUCGAGAACGAGAAGUACCCGUGGAUGUGUGGCAAAAGUGGGUUUUCUUGGAUGCGAUAUUUGGAUGUGUGCAAAGCCAAAGAUGCGCCUGCUAAACUAUUUAAGGAUCCAUUCCCGUACACUCGGAAUGGGUUCAAAGUGGGGAUGCGUUUGGAGGCGAUAGAUCCUCAGCAUCCGUCAAUGUUUUGCGUGGUGUCUGUAGCGGAGGUGCAAGGUUUCCGAAUGCGAUUGCACUUCGAUGAGUAUCCGGAUAUGUACGACUACUGGGUGAACGCCGACUGUAUUGACAUAUUUCCGGCGGGCUGGUGCGAGAAGAACGGACGUACUCUGAAGCCGCCCGCUAGUUAUGCUUCGUCUUCAUUUUCUUGGCCGUUGUACUUGAAGCAAAUCAAAGCGGUCGCUGCACCCAAACAUUUGUUUCCACAUGUCACCAGUUCAAUAUUCAAGCCGACAUGCUUCCGUGUCGGUAUGAAGUUGGAAGCUGAGGACCGUAAAAACGAACUGGUGUGCGUGGCGUCCAUAGCAGACAUGAUGGACUGCCGGAUGCUGAUCAACUUCGACAGCUGGGACGAGAUGUACGACUACUGGGUCGACCCCACCUCGCCAUACAUACACCCCGUCGGGUGGGCUGAAGAGAACGAGGUGUCAUUGACCCCACCAAACUUCUACAAAGAUCCAGACACCUUCUCUUGGGAGAAUUAUCUAUCGGAGACUGGUGCGUCGGCGGCGCCCCCACGCGCGUUCAAACCUCGCCCGCCACAGGGAUUCAAACCGGGAAUGAAACUAGAGGUGGUCGAUCCUAAGGUGCCGUUCUUGAUUCGUGUGGCCACAAUCAGUGCGGUGAAGGGUCACCAAGUGCGCGUAUCGUUCGAUGGGUGGCCGGAUGACUUAUCCGUUUGGAUGGAUGACGACUCACCUGACAUGCAUCCUGUCGGCUGGUGUCUUAAAACUGGACACCCCCUCGAACCGCCGCUCACGGCGGAGGAGUUGAGCGUGACCGGCGGCUGCGGCACGGGCGGGUGCCGCGGGCUGGGCUCGAGCCGCGGCGGCGCGCACAAGCAGCACAACGCCGCGUCCGCGUGCCCGUACCGCCCGCGCGCGCCCGCCCCCGACCGGCUCAGCCCCGCCCACGCGCCCGCACACGCCCCCCCGCACGCGCACGUCAUGCCGCGCUCGCGCAGAGUUUUGAAUAAACCUCCAAAAUCGAUUCAAACGAGCACGCCGACGAGUGAUUCUGUUAAAGAUAACAGGUCCAUAGUACGAGGUAGACCUCCCAAACAUAAGCGCAUCGAGGAAGUCGGGAAAGGUGUUGUGAUAUCCGACGACGACUCUCUAUCAAGCGGAGGAGGAAAACGUUGGCGCACCAGCGAAGGCGAUCGUGCGAGUGAGAGCAAAGAUAUACAUAACAGCGAUCAAAACGAUCGCUCCGAGAAGGAGGAGCGCGAAUCUAUGAAGAAGGCGCGUGAUAGUGCGGCCGCGUCUGCUGAGCCGCGCGCACAUCUCGCUAGACAUAUCGCCGAGCUAGCGUUACCGCCCGAUCCGACCACAUGGACAGAGGUGUAUGUGUAUGAUGGUGUGGUGGGUGUGUUGGCAGCGCGAGGUGGUGUCCCUGGUGGGCGGCGUGUGCGGGGCGGGCGCGGGCGCGGCGGCGGCGGCGGCGCGGCUCAGCGGCCGCCACCUGCUGAUGGCGUCCCGCGACGAGCUCGCCACCGCGCUGCGGCUGCGGCUCGGGCCCGCCGUCAAGGUGUACGCAGCGGUGCGGUUGCUCCGGGACGCGUGCUCGUGAUGCCGCGACCUUCGGCAGCGCGCCCUCCACGUUUUAGUGUGAGUGUCACACUCGCCGCGCCCUCGGGCAGUGUACAACUACUGACAGACUGGUGUGCAGGCAUUCGUACUAGGAACCAACGCCAUCAAGAAGUGACUGCGACAAAUACGGCGACUUCGACGGCUGCGACGACCACGACUGCUGCUUUAGACUUUACUGCAUUAUUGGCACUGAUGCAGGAACAGGCUCGUCGUCAAAAGAAAAACAGAUACGGCAGCUUCAAUAGGAACAGGCUCGCGGACAAGAGGAAUAGAUACGGCAACUCAAAGAGGAUCAGGAUCACCGCCCGGGGAACAAAUGCGGCAGUCCAAGGAGGAUCAGUGCGGGAAACUGGGCGUUCACUUGAAGGAAGUUAA